AUGGCGCGCAGCCAUGCACGGCGGAGCCGAGUCUCCCAGCUCAUGCUGCUGGCGCUGGCGAUGGCAGUGGCGAGCUGGCAGAGCAAUUUUGUAGGCAACCCAUCCUCCGAAGCAAGAAGAAGCAUCAUCGCCCGUGAGGCAGCAAAGAAAAUCUCCUUUCGGGAAGCUGGCCAGCAGAAGCUGCAGGGCGGCAUCAAUGCCGUGGCCAACGCGGUGAAAGUGACUUUGGGACCCAAGGGACGCAAUGUGGUGCUUCAGCGGGAAUCUUUUCAGGUGCCUCAGAUCGUGAACGACGGCGUGACCAUCGCGCGAGCGAUCACCCUGCAGGACAAGGAGAUGAACCUGGGUGUGAAGCUUCUCACUCAGGCUUCGGCGAAGUCCGAGUCCAAUGCUGGAGAUGGGACCACCAGCGCUGCCGUUUUGACUCAGGAGAUGGUGAACGAGGGCAUGCAGCUGGUCAGCAGUGGUUACAACCCGGUGCUCAUGCAGAAAGGCAUGAAGGCUGCUUCCUCUUUCAUUGCCAAGGAGGUGGAGAAGUUGGCGAAGCCUGUGGAGUCUGGGGACCUCAAAGACAUCGCGACGGUGUCGGUGGGCGGUGAUGAGAAGAUGGGACAGAUGAUCUCCAAGGAGCCCUCGAUCAAAGUGGUGGCCAUCCUCGUAGAGGCAGAUGGCUGGUCACAUCAGUGGGCUGGCGUUGUGAAUGUCAUGCGCUUGACACAGUUCUUCGAACAGCCAGACAUCCCUUGGCCUACUCUCCGACCCUUGGACCCCAAGCUGUUAUGUUCUUGGAGUCACAAUACAUUAAAUUUGACCUGA